AGCUGCGCUCAAUGCGACCUGCAGAUUCAUAAAACUUGAAAACCCCGCCUACCUGACAGCCAGCGUCUGUUUACCAAAAGUCAAAGGAACAGCAUGGAGCGAAACAAGAUACGUAGGAAAUGUGCUGCCAACUGGGAGAACAACCAGACUUAGAGAUAGCCAGCUACGAUGCUCAUAAUGUAGUCUGUCACAUCUGAGUGAUACCGACGCCCGCUGACAUUUUCAGCCUUGUGACGUGAUUAGGAGCUUCUAGUUUUGUGUGCCGUGGGACUUCUAAACGCGCGUACCCGGGGCGUAUUUCUGCUUCUCAAUGAUCACCCACGCCGUUUUAAAAAACACAAUGGCGAGGCAUAAAAGGAGCAAUCUACUGAUUUGCUGCGUUUAAACCUAGUCUGGACUACUGUGCACAGAACCGUGUCACCGGCUUCUGCGAUACAACAGGGGACCCCAUGCAGCGCACUCGGAGCGACAUGGAAAGCCCAUCCGAGAACCCUACCAUGGCUGUGGAAUAUUUGAAAGAGCUUAACAAGAUCAUUGAGACCCAGCAGGAGUUGCUGGAGAGGCAGAGAGGAAGGAUAGAGGAGCUGGAGCAGCAAGUGUCCGACUUGUGCAUUAAGAACGCCUGUCUGAAGGAGCAGUACCAGCGGCACCUGGCAACCUGCAGGCUGCUCACACUGGGAGCCAUAAAGGAGCAUAUCACACAGGAAAAGUCUGAAUGUGACUCUUCCAGAAUGGUCAGGAGACAUGCCUCCCUACCUGUCGAAGUCACAGAGGUUCCUGGGAGGUUAGUGACUGCAGGCUGCAGAAGAGUCGUCCCCUGCCGCAAAUGGAAGUCGGCGUCCUUUGGUGUGGAAGGGGAUGGACGGCCCAAUGAGAGUGGCCCUUCCCUGGAUGGUGGAGCCAGCUACGGCCAGGGCCCGGUGACUCACGGCUCAGCCAUCAGCCCUGACCGAUUUGACAGCCCACUUUACAGCCACGGGGUCCAGCCUGGUCCUCAGAGACCCCGUCGGCCCAAGCUCCAGCACUCGCAGUCCAUCCUCCGUAAGCAGGCUGAGGAGGAGGCCAUUAAGCGGUCCCGCUCGCUCUCGGAGAGCUAUGAGCUCUCUGCUGACCUCCAGGACAAACAGGUGGAAAUGCUGGAACGUAAAUAUGGUGGACGAUUCAUAACUCGGCAUGCAGCCCGCACCAUCCAGACAGCCUUCCGCCAGUAUCAGAUGAACAAGAACUUUGAACGUCUCAGAAGCUCUAUGUCUGAGAACCGUAUGUCCAGACGCAUUGUUCUCUCCAACAUGAGGAUGCAGCUCUCGUUUGAGGGCCCUGAGAAAGUGCACAGCUCCUACUUUGAAGGGAGACAGGUGUCCAUGACAGAGGAUGGCACUCCGCUGUCCAUGGUGCAGUCUGAAUGUGGAGAUAUAGAGGUCCAUCAACAAUCCAACACGGCACCUCACCCAGCCCCACAGGGUGACCUGACAGAUGCCAUCACGGAGCUGGAGGACGCCUUUUCCAGGCAGGUGAAAUCUCUGGCUGAGUCGAUAGAUGAUGCACUGAACUGUCGCAGCCUUCAGGGCGAUGAGGGUCCUGACCCAGAGACCAUGGGCUGCUCCAAGGUGGAAAGGGAAGUGCCCUAUCAAGUGAAGUCCCACCGCAGGGCAGCUGGAGGAAUGCACGACGAAACGUUGGCAUCCUAUAGCGAUGUCACUCUGUUCAUCGAUGAGGAGGACAUGUCCCCCUCUAUUGCUCUGUCGAGAUCAGGGGACCAGCCCUCCAGCACAGAAUCAGACUUGCGGUUGCGGUCAGUCAACUCCUCCCAGGACUACUGGCCUAUUGACCCCAAAGAUGAGGGUCGUGACACAGACACGAGCUGCCGCAGCACUCCUUCUCUAGAGUGCCAAGAGCAGCGACUUAGAAUGGACCAUCUUCCUUUGUUGACCAUAGAACCUCCUAGUGACAGCUCUGCAGAGCUCAGUGACCGGUCUGACCGGGGCUCUGUCAAACGGCCGCCUGUGUAUGAACCUCACAGUCACAUUGUAACGUCAUCCCAGGCGAGCCCUAAACACAUUUCCCACGGACCCCCACCGCGAGCUUCCUCCCGUGACGAUGAGCCACCUCUGCGCCACCGCCAGCGGCAACUGGAAAGCCACUUAGCCAUCAACGGCUCAGCCAACAGACAGAGCAAGUCAGAAUCUGACUUCUCGGACGGGGACAACGACAGCAUCAACAGCACAUCCAACUCUAACGACACCAUCAACUGCAGCUCCGAGUCCUCGUCGAGAGACAGCCUACGAGAGCAGACGCUCAGCAAGCAGACUUACCACAAAGAGACGCGCAACAGCUGGGACUCGCCCAUCUUCAGUAAUGAUGUUAUUCGCAAGAGACACUACCGGAUCGGCCUGAAUCUCUUCAACAAGAAGCCGGAAAAGGGGAUCCAGUACCUGACUGAGAGGGGAUUCAUCCCUGACACACCGGUUGGCGUGGCUCACUUCCUGCUGCAGAGGAAGGGGCUGAGCCGGCAGAUGAUUGGUGAAUUUCUUGGCAAUCGACAAAAACAGUUCAACAGAGAUGUCUUGGACUGUGUGGUAGACGAAAUGGACUUCCAGAGUAUGGAGCUGGACGAGGCUCUCAGGAAAUUUCAGAAUCAUAUCCGUGUUCAGGGUGAAGCCCAGAAGGUAGAGCGGCUCAUCGAAGCUUUCAGCCAGCGCUACUGCAUCUGUAACCCUACAGUGGUGCGGCAGUUCAGGAACCCUGACACAAUCUUCAUCCUGGCAUUCGCCAUCAUCCUCCUCAACACUGACAUGUACAGCCCCAACGUCAAGCCCGAGAGGAAGAUGAAGAUGGAGGACUUUAUAAAGAAUUUAAGAGGUGUAGAUGAUGGGGAAGAUAUCCCUAGGGAGACUCUGGUAGGCAUCUAUGAGAGGAUCCGUAAGAGAGAGCUCAAGACCAACGAAGACCACGUCUCGCAGGUGCAGAAAGUUGAGAAGCUCAUUGUAGGAAAGAAACCAAUUGGAUCACUCCACCACGGCCUAGGAUGUGUGCUGUCGCUGCCCCAUCGCCGGCUGGUGUGUUACUGCCGUCUGUUUGAAGUGCCAGAUCCCAACAAGCUCCAGAAGCUAGGCCUGCAUCAGCGGGAGAUCUUCCUGUUCAAUGACCUCCUAGUGGUGACUAAGAUUUUCCAGAAAAAGAAGAACUCGGUGACGUACAGCUUCAGACAGUCCUUUUCGCUGUAUGGGAUGCAAGUCAUUCUGUUUGAAAAUCAGUAUUACCCAAAUGGAAUCAGACUUACAUCAGUGAUUCCAGGUGCGGACAUCAAAGUCCUCAUCAACUUUAACGCGCCCAACCCCCAGGACCGUAAGAAGUUCACAGACGACCUACGAGAGUCCAUUGCCGAGGUCCAGGAAAUGGAGAAAUACAGAAUAGAGUCUGAGCUGGAGAAGCAGAAGGGGGUGGUGAGGCCCAGCAUGUCGCAGAGCUCCGGUCUGAAGAAGGAAGCUGGCAACGGGAACAUGAACCGCGCAAGUCUGGAUGACACCUACACCAUGGGCGAGGGCCUGAAGAGAAGCGCCCUCAGCAGCUCCCUGCGAGACCUCUCUGAAGCAGGCAAGCGGGGGCGUCGCAGCAGUGCAGGAUCACUAGACAGCAAUAUGGAAGGGUCCAUCAUUAGCAGUCCACACACACGCCGGAGAGCCACAACGCCACGUGAGAGCGCACCCCGCGGGCAACCCUCCGUCCCUAACUCAGCAUCGACUUCCAUCCUUGGGUCGCUCUUUGGCAGCAAGCGAGGCAAACCGUCAUCCCAGAGCCACUCCCCUUUCCCUCAACCUGGUCAACCCACUCUCAUUUCCCACAAGCCCCACCCGACCAACCUGCACCACACAGCACAGGUAGCAAAUACGGUGCAACUCCACGGCCAACAUUCACCGUACUGCCAAGUCCCCCAGAACCCGCCGCCUUAUCACCACCACCACCACUACCACCCCCCUCCCCACACACAGUACCACCAGCACCCAGGCUACGGCGCACACGCACACCAACACCUCCAUUCCCAGCACAGCCAUUACAGCCAGCAUUCCCAACACGCCUCACACUCCCAGCAUGCUCCCCACCACCACAGUCAGCAAGCAGGUUCGGCACCUGGCGGACCCAAACCUAAACACAGUGGCAUCAGCACCGUAGUGUGAUGUUCCUAACACCGAGAGGAAAGAAAGAGCAGGGAACUUAAUGAAAGAGGGACAACUGCUUAAACCAAAGGGACUGACAGCAUAACUCUAUGGCCUGUCCACUGUGUUUUACUGCUGCUGUGAUGGAACCCAAUCACACGCGGUCACCUUUUUCACCUCCAGGUCCAACUGACAUGCAGGAUGGAAAUCGGACUUAAUUCUUCCAACAGGGGCCUUUUACUAGUUUGCCUGAUCAUGGGCAUGGCCCCGUCAGGGUGUUCUCUCACCAAGACGCUCCACACUGCUUCAUCCCUUCAGUAGCCUGUCUUACCUUCACAUAAUCAGGAGGAAAGAUGACCUGAGACGAGAACAUGGUUUUCUCUGUCACAUCGAUGGCAUCAUUUCUUAUGCACAGCCUUUCGGAAGUCAUCUUUCAACUCUUUGGUUCGCAGAUGCUAUCAUCAUAUGAAUGCAAUUUGUCAUUGCCUCCUGUAGAGUUCAUAUGUAGUGAAGAAGCUUGGUAUAAUCAUUUCACAUGAACUUAAAUCAAAGGACAGGUUAAACUUAGUGGACCGUCUCAGUCAUUGUAGUUCUAGUGCUGUAUUUAAUGUAGAUGACAGCUAUAUGUGUUUCUCCUAGCUCUCAUAAAUAAAUGUGCCAACUAUUAAUGCAUAAUCUAUUUAGUCAAUACUUCAUGUACAGUAUAUUGUGCGUAAAGUAAUUUAUAAUAAGAUUAUACUUACAAUUAUUAUUAUCAGCAAAACUUAUCAGUAUUAUACUGACUCUGUGGUAACAGGAUGUAGAUCUGAAAGGAGUGAACUCCCAUUCAGCGCGGCCUAUAAUCUAUUCUGGGAUUUUUCAAACGGAUCAGAAGGAGCCUCUGGGUGGCAGCUGUUGCAUAUGGGCUUUAAAACGCUGUGCUGUCACAGCUAAAGCCUCAAAGCAAACUUCCCCUGUCAACUCUCACAAAUGUUGAACUGGGCCGGUUGGUUGUUUUAAUCUCAAUUUACUGCUCAUACUGUAGCUGCUUAAACCGUAAAAAGUAAUGAAGAUUCAGAGUGAAAGACAUUUUGAAUAUGCUUCGAGGCUCAGUUCAAAUGUUACAAAUGGACCCACAGAACGCGUUGAACAUGUUGAGUCUGUUGCCUUUUUAAAAUAUGCGAUAGCUGCUCUCUUGACUCUGGAAAUCAAAAACAGAAACACUUUUGAAAUCUUCUUUUGCCUUCUUUAGUAUAUUGUUUUUUAUUCACCAAUGAGGUUUGGUGAGUGAAUAGAAUCAGUUCCUACAUAGUGAAGUAUUCUUUUCAUUGUUGUUCUGAUUUUGUACAUUAACAUCAACCAAGGUCUCCCUCCAAUUUGUGCGUUUUUCUCAUGUUGCGUCAUUAUUUAUUUAAUUUUUUGUUUUUGACCCCUGUCAGAGUCUUUCCCAGUAAAUUAAUGUGUGGCUGUCCUCAUGGUCUAAUGAGAGGUACAGACUUGGAGUUCAGUGGAAUGUCUAGUAAGUGAUUUUUGCAUGUAAUGUUGUUAAUGUGAGGCAAUCCUCUGCACAUUGUAUAACAAAUCAGUGUUACCAUAGCAAGUUUAAGUGCAAUCAUGUUGGAAAAUGCAGACUUGUACUGAGAGUGGAAGUCUGUUAUCUUGUUGUCUAUGAUGAGAUUUAAGUGGAAAAAAUUUCUUUUUUCAUUUAAAAAUAUAUAAAUACUUACUUACACAGUUCACAGUGGGAAGAGGAAUGUGUAUAUAUAUUUUAAUAAAAGGAAUAUGCUUCUCUUUGGGCUGAACAGAAAUAUUUUGCUGGAUAAGCACAUAUGAAAGGACACUUUCAUUUUUUUCAGGAAAUGCAGUUAUACUAUACACAAUGCAAACUGAACAAGUGAACUGGGUAUAUGUAAAGAAUAACUUUCUACAUUCUACAAAUAAGAGUCUAUUCUAGUGUGUAAAUUAGUGACAGUAAACUGUUUGUUCCAAUAUUCAGGUUGUAAAUGUAUUUUAACAUUCACAAAGAAAACCAUUGCCAUAAGUCAGGCUUAUUCUUACACAUUUAUCCUCAUGUGAAAUAUUAACAAAGAACGCUCAGAUGACAGACAUAUCACUUAUGGGACACUAAUGAUCAGUUGAAUGUGUCUUUUCCAUUGAUUUCAUAAUGUUUUGCUAUAAUUCUGAAAUCUUGGGAAGAUGUAAACCGAGGAAACUGUUUAUUUUGCUGCGUGUUGUAGUGCUUGAAAUGUCUACAGUCAUUCUUUGUGAGGAAGUACCCCAACAAUGCACUGCAUGGAUCAUCAUGUGUCCUAUUCACUGUGAGGGAGUGAAAAAAAUCAGCCUAUACAUUUUUGAUUUUUGGUUUUGAUUAAUUUGGAACUUCCUGAUGUUGAAGUGUUCUUGUUGCUCCGUGUUUAGGCUGAUAGUUAUAGAAGCUCAGCAUGCAUUUCAUCAACAAAGCCAUUGUGUACAUUACAAACAUUAGGAACAUUGCACUUCUGUUGCUGAGGGCUUUCUUUGUGUAAAUAUGGGACUGUGGUGUGCAAACUGAUGAACUGCUUGGAAGGAGGGUGUAUUGUUAUGAAGCUGUAAAGGGACCAAGAUGGGGGAGGGGGGGGGGUAAAGCAGCUGUACAUAACGUGUAUAUAUGAUCUAUUCUGAUAUCUGCAGUUAAGAUCAGGAUGUAAUAUCACCUCACGUAUUAGAGAGGUGAUUUAUGAACAUAUCGAUUGUCCUCCAGCUGUCGUAUACUGGCAUUCGCUGUAGAAAUAAAAAAAUAAAAGUCCGCUGCCAUUUACACCCAGCUCACUUUUCUUACAGUACAUGCAGCCCCUCACACACACACAUGCACACACACAUGCACACACCCACACACACAGAGAGACUAAUACAAGCAUCCUUCUGCAAGCUGUUCAGUCUGGCGUGAGAUGCAUUUAAAAAACAAAAAAAAAGGAAAAGACAAGAAUGGCCUCAUUUAUAUGUGCAUUCUGUUUGUACAGUGAGUAGUAAGUCAGUAAGACCCAAGUUAUUGUAAAACUUCAACUGUGACAAUGUUGAGAACGCAAAAUAAACGAAUAUAUGACUUAUGGUA